UGACAUAGGAUGAACACUGCUGGUCAGCUCUGUCUGUCUGUGCUGUCGUCCCUUCUCGCUCUGGUCUGGGGUGUGGAGCUGCUGGACCAGGGCCGCCCCUGCUCCUCUCUGGUGGCGGGGGUGCUGUACGGCUCCUUCUCGCUGCGGGACGUCUUCCCCACGCUGGCCUCUGGCUGCUCCUGGACCCUGGAGAACCCCGACCCCACGAAGUACUCCCUCUACUUCCGCUUCAACCACCACGCGGCGGCCUGCCAGGCCUUCUCGCCCAUGGUCCAGCCGCUGGACCACUACCUCGCCAACCGUACCUGCGCCCCCUCGGAAGCCCGCGACCCGGAGGCGGCGGACCUCUGCUCGUCUGACGGGCCCCACACCUUUUUGCAGUUUGACAAGAACUUUGUGCAGCUGUGCCUGACCGCCCAGCCCUUGCCGGGGGGCGAGCCCGUGGCGGCGGAGACGCUGGACUUCCAGCUGGUGGAGACCCUGCUCAUCAACAACGAGAACUCCAGUCAGCUGACGUGCGGGGUGCUGUGCCGCUGGUUCGAGGAGUGCCUGCGUUUCGGCCGGCGGGGGGAACACUGCGGAAUCACCCAGACGGGCUGCAUCUGCCCCGAGUCAGCCCCCGCCAUCACGCUGUUCCCCGCCACGCCCCACAACGACUCAUCCCCCUACUCCAUCUCCAAUGUCAUCCUGUCCCCCGCCGAAGACUGCUGCGUCACCCAGCUGCACUCCAAGAAUGCCAUCGCCAUAGCGCCCAGGGACGUCAGACAAGACCCGGAAGAUGAUGAACAGAAGGUGAAAACGCAGAGGCCGAGGUCCGCAGACCAGCCGGGGGUCUUUCAGGCCCAGACAGGUGACCCUGCGGCGGAGGAGUGGUCGCAGUGGAGCGUGUGCUCCCUGACGUGCGGGCAGGGCCUGCAGGUCCGCACGCGCUCAUGCGUCUCCUCCCCCUACGGCACCCUCUGCAGCGGUCCUCUGAGGGAGACGCGCCUCUGCAACAACACCGCCACCUGCCCAGGUGAGCUGCAGCGCAGAGCAGUGCAUGAUGGGCAGUGGGAGGAGUGGUCUCCGUGGAGCCUGUGCUCAGCCACGUGCGGCAGGGGCUCUCGAACCCGGACCCGGAGCUGCGCACCGUCUCAGCGCGGGAGCGAGGCCUGCUCUGGCCCAGAGGUGCUGUCCAAACUCUGCAAUAUCGCAGUCUGCCCCGUGGAGGGGCAGUGGCUGGACUGGUCCGCUUGGUCUCCGUGUUCGGUGACGUGCUCCAGGGGGACGCAGGAGCGUCAGCGGCGGUGCAGUGUAUCGGUCCACGGCUGGGCAGAGUGUAAGGGGUCUCACUCAGAGACACGCGAAUGCGAGACCCAGGACUGCAGCGGCGAUGGGAAGUGGGGCCCCUGGAACCACUGGAACCAGUGCUCUAAGACGUGCGAUUCGGGGUGGCAGCGCAGGGUCCGAAUGUGCCAGGCCACCGGAGUGCAGGGGUACCCCUGCGAUGGUUCCGGAGAGGAGGUGCGCGCCUGCAAUGACAAGAAGUGCCCAGCGCCCCAUGAACUUUGUCGCGACGAGCAGCUCGCCUCCAUGACCUGGAAAAGAGCUUCGGCCGGAGAAACCGUCUACAACAAGUGUCCAUCAAAUGCAACUGGAUCUGCUAGUCGUCGUUGUUUGCUGGACUCUAAAGGAGUUGCUUACUGGGGUCCUCCGAGCUUCGCCCGAUGCAUCUCAACUGACUUCAGAUAUUUACAUCUAUCACUCCGAGAGCAUCUUGCGAAGGGUCAGAGGACCCUAGCAGGGGAGGGCAUGUCUCAGAUCGUGAGGAGUCUUCACGAGUUAAUGUCCCGGAAAAGCUAUUACAGCGGCGACCUCUUAUUCUCUGUGGAGAUUCUCCGAAAUGUGACGGACACCUUCAAGCGAGCAACCUACAUUCCAGCUCCCGACGACGUGCAGAAAUUCUUCCAGGUAGUUAGCUUUAUGUUGGACAUGGAAAACCGUGAGAAGUGGGAAGAUGCUCACCAGGUCUCUCCCGGGUCUAUGUUGCUGAUGCGUGUGGUGGAAGACUUCAUCCAUCUCAUCGGGGAGGCUCAGAAGGCCUUCCAGAAUUCUCUCUUCUUCACCAACAACCUCAUUGUCACUAUCCAGCGUGAGCCCGUUUCGGCGGUCUCCAGUGACAUCAACUUCCCCAUGAAGGGGCGGAGGGGCAUGAAGGACUGGGCGCGGUCGUCCGAGGACAAGCUCUUCAUCCCUAAGGAGGUCUUCACCCUGUCCUCCGAAGAAUCAUCGGAUGACACCACCUACUUUGUGAUUGGAACGAUCCUUUACCGAACCCUGGGGUUCAUUCUGCCUGCGCCUGAAAGUCCACUGGUCAUCAGCUCCAAGAUCCUGACGGUGACGGUGCGGCCCCUACCCAAGCUCUCUGAGCCCAUGGUGGUGGUGGAGCUGUACCCUCUUCUGAAUGGCACGUCAGACCCCCACUGUGUCGUCUGGGAUUAUGGAAACCCAGAAGCUGGCACAGAAAACUGGGACACAGAGGGCUGCCAAACACUCCCAUCUCCGGCAGUCCACACCAAAUGUCUCUGCAGCAAGAUAUCCACCUUCGCAGUGUUAGCGCAGCAACCUAAAGACCAGGACAUGGGCCCCUCCAGCAUGCCGUCGGUGCCCCUCAUGGUGGGCUGUGGGGUGUCCUGUACAGCUCUGUUCAUCCUGCUGCUCGUCUACGCUGCCUUCUGGAGGUAUAUUCGCUCUGAGAGGUCCAUAAUCCUGGUGAACUUCUGCCUCUCUAUCCUGGCCUCCAAUGUGCUCAUCCUUGUGGGACAGUCACAGACACUCAGCAAGGCUCUCUGCACUAUGACUGCUGCCUUCCUGCACUUCUUUUUCCUUGCCUCUUUCUGCUGGGUGCUAACCGAGGCUUGGCAGUCUUACCUGGCCGUAAUCGGCAAGAUGAGAUCACGCCUCAUUCGCAAACGUUUCCUGUGCCUGGGCUGGGGCCUCCCAGCUCUCGUGGUUGCGGUGUCAGUGGGGUUCACCAGGGCCAGGGGCUACGGCACGGCAAGCUACUGCUGGCUGUCCCUGGAAGGGGGCUUGCUCUACGCCUUCGUCGGCCCGGCAGCUGUUAUCGUACUGGUGAACAUGCUGAUUGGAAUCGUGGUAUUCAAUAAGCUGAUGUCAAGAGACGGGAUCUCCGACAAGUCGAAAAAGCAGAGAGCCGGUCAGGCGCUGGAGCCGCGCAGCAGACUGCUCCUCAAAUGCUCCAAGUGUGGGGUGAUCUCACGCACCGCUCUGUCCAGCUCCACCGCCAGCAGCGCCAUGGCGUCGCUGUGGAGCUCCUGCGUGGUGCUCCCCCUGCUGGCUCUCACCUGGAUGUCGGCCGUGCUGGCCAUCACGGACCGCCGCUCCACGCUUUUCCAGGUGCUCUUUGCCGUCUUCGACUCGGUCCAGGGCUUCGUCAUCAUCACCGUGCACUGCAUCAUGCGGCGGGAGGUCCAAGAUGCAGUGAGAUGCCGGAUGGGUGUCUGCAAAGACGACAGCGAGAACUCUCCGGACUCCUGCAAGAAUGGCCAGGUGCAGAUCAUGACAGACUUUGAAAAAGAUGUGGACCUAGCGUGUCAAACAGAGAGAGGACAUCCAUUCAUCUUUAAGGAGGUGAACACCUGCAACCCGGCCACCAUCACGGGCACCCUGUCCCGGAUCUCCCUGGACGACGAGGACGACCCCAAGCUGACGUCGCACCAGGAGGGCCUGAACUUCAGCAGCCUGCCUGGCAACAUCCCCCCGCCCAACCUGCUGGUGCAGGUGCCUCCGCUGGGCGGGCUGAACGAGCUGGGGGAGCAGCCCCUGAAGAAGGAGGUGAACGUGGAGCAGCAGCACCAGCGGGGGGCGCCGGUGUACCUGUGCACCGAGAGCGGGCUGGGCUGGGCCGGGGGCGGGGGAGGAGGGGGCGAGGGGGACUACAUGGUCCUGCCCCGGCGGACCAGCAGCCUCAAGCCCCCGGCCUCCCAGGACGAGGACAAACCCCUGAACAUCAGCGUGGAGGACCCGCUCUUCCCCCCGCCGCCCUCCCCCCUCGCGCUGCACACGGCCGAGAGCGAGGCCUACCCCGACUUUUCGGCGGUCGACCACAUCGGCGCCAACAUGAACCGCUCCUACGGCACGCUCAAGCAGCUGCCCGCGCUCGGCCACGGUCACGGUCACGGCCACGGUCACUCGCUGCAGUUCAAGCAGCGGCCCUCGGUCCGGCAGAUCCUGGCCUCGGGGACGGUGGAGCGGACCCGCACUCUGCCCCGGAACCUGGGCAGCACCAGCACCAGCACCACCCUGUCUGUGGGCUCACUGGAAAGGAAAAGAGUACGGUACUCUGAGCUGGACUUUGAGAAAGUGAUGCACACUCGCAAAAGGCACUCGGAGCUUUACCACGAGUUGAACCACUCCACCAAGUUCCACACCAUAGACAGGUAUAACAGGGACCCUGCUUUGUCCGCCUUCAAGAGGGAAAAGCGAUGGAGCAUUUCGUCUGCCGGAGGUGAAAAGAACUCUUCGAGUGACAAGUCCACCCCAGACGACCAGCACUCCUGGGACAGCUUCAAGACCAUGACCCCUGACCCCUCGACCGGCCCAGGCGAGCAGAAGGACAAACUGGAACUGCACAACAAGAACUGGGACACCUCCUCCGCUAACACUCCAGACACCUCCGAGGGAGACUUCCAGACCGAAGUCUGAGCCCACACACCCGCGCUCACACACACACACGCACACACACACGCACACUGGCUCAUUCACACGUACACGUGUGUAAGUACUCAUACUGCAUUCUGCAGAGAGGACAAAGAAAAGGACUGUACUGUUCUAUUUUCACACAGACACUUUAAAAGGAACAGAGGUGGAGUGUGGGGUGGGGGGGGAUUUUUUAAAAAAAGAAUCUUUCUGAAAUGUCUUGAUUUUUUUCUCCAGAACGGUUUCUCUUUCAGCUGUUUGAUGAUAUAAAAAAAGGAGUAUUUCUGCACCAUUCUUUUAUAAAAAAAAAAAUAUAUAUAUAUUUCUCACUGAUUACCGCACACAAUUAAGCCCUUUAGAUUUAUUUUCCCGUCCUUUCGCUUGUCGGAUGAUUUCAGCUGUUUCCUCAACAAAUGAAAACGAUGCUGAGAAGGGUUUAUGGGUAACUCAUUAAUAAACACGUCCACUGCUUUUUCUGUCAUUGAGAAUAUUGGUCCACUCUGAUAAUGUCCUGGAAUUUGUGCGUGCGCGUUUCAUUUUAUUUUUUUGUUCUUUGGGUUUUUUAUUUUAUUUUAAUUUUUUUAAAGGAGAAAAUGCUUUUAACUCGAAACCCCAGUUUUCUGUCAUGGUCCAUAUGUUGUGAAAUUAAUUUUGACUGGUUUGUAACAGUUACUUCUUCAAGGGUCUAGCUUGUGAAUAUUUGUUGUCCGUGUAUGCUACAUUUAAAAAUACGGUUUACAAUACUGCCCACACACAAUACAGGAAUUUGUCGCAAGCUAUGUGUGAUGCAUAUGGUUAAUCCGAAUCACAGUUUCCUCAAAAUACAUAUUUGUUUCUUGAUAAAAUUCAGUGCGUGAAGCAUUCUUAAGGCCUUGUACCAUUGUUAAAUUUAAGCCCUCUAUCAAUAUGGACGUCCACAACAGAUUGUGAGAUAGGACCGGCCACCCACACCGGCAAUGCGCAGUUUUUCAAACGUGUUUCGAUCGCCCCUAAGAGCAACCAGCCACAUCAUCUCCAAGCAAAACAAGCUGGUGCAAAUAAUAGCCCCUCCUAAGCACUGUUCACAGAAGUCCACCGGGUUUUGUGUGCAUUGAAUGGCCAGUGUCACAAUCUCUGGUCUUUGCGCAAACAAUCCAGAGCCCUGAGACUAAAAAUAGAUACGUCCUCAGGUUUGGGGAUUACGGCCGAUCAAAAAUGCUCUAUCCGUCCAUGUAAUGCCUCCUGUCUCCUCUGACGUGUCACCGGCAGGAUGUGGCAUUGUACGGGAAUGGAAUAAAUGAUGUGGGAGGCUGUGUGUGCUGCACUCUCUAUUUAUGACCCAGGGAAGAGGGACUGCCACAGUACUGCCCAAAGGGAACACUUGGCAGUUGUGGGAAUUGCAUUACAUUGCAUUAUUAAUUUGCUUCGCAGAUGCCCUUAUCUAGGGUGACUUGCGUUGUCUGCAGUUUUAAACCUCACACCCUCCAUAACCUAUUUACGCGUCUUGAUGUUUAUUGGAGCCGUCGCAGCCCGGCGCUUAAGUUGCGGCUGUGAUGUCAUCGUUGAAAUUCAACUGUGAAACCUUUACUGGUCCACGGCUCUAUAAACACGACGCCUUAAUAGAAAUGCACACGCACUUCAUAGAAACACAGUCUUACUAUCGUCGUGAAUGGGACAGGCCGUCCUCGAUGUGGGAUUAUUCUAUUAGACGUCUGAUUUGCAUUUCCAGCUCAAGUGCAAUGCGAUGUUCUGAAUUGGAGCACACCGAGUAAUGGAUGCAGUUGGAACCCUAGUUUUAAAGGGCAGCGUCUGUCAGGCAUUAAAAAAAUGUGUCCUGCUGUUCUGACUGGCACCGCGCGUUGCUUUAACGCUUCUUUUCAGAACGAUGUGCAGAGAGGUAGAACCGUGCCUCAGAACCACAGAGUUUUCACACAUGACGCCCAAGCUCAGUUAUCUCCUUUGUAAGUGGCGUUUUGAGAGAAAGGCCAAAUCGGGGCUGUCUGCCGUGACGUAAACUCACCAUGUUCCGAACACCAAGUUAGCUCACCAUUUCCCGAACACUGUAACUUUCAUGAUGAAUAACUAAAAAAUUACUUCCAAUUCUUCCAGCUUUGGUUUUUGUGUGUGUGUAAAGUAUAAUUCCUUCCGUUUUCAUAAAAAUGUGGUACGAGUGAUAUAUGCGAUCCAUUUCAGCAUACAGUGAUAGUAAUAGAUGGUAAUAGUGCUCCUCUGUGACAUUGUGGUGGGGAAGCUGUUGCUAAAGAGACUACAAACUGGGCAGGCUUAUAUGGCAGUGUUAUAUGGCAGUGUUUGGACCAUCGUGAGCUAAUACGGUCUUCCAAACACAGGGAUGUUGUGAGGUUAUUUGUUGUUUUCUCUAUAAUUAUUGGUCCAAUUCACAUCAAACCAAGUAUUUUAGUGUAAGCAACUGCAAUCAUAAACCACAGUCCUCAGGAGAAAAACUACCAUUGAACGGACGUUAACUUCUGGUAAAAGAGGCCGCUUCCUCGUGUGAGUUUACGUUAGCUUGUCAGGGUAAAAAGGGCAGGUGGGGAGGUUGGCUGGUGAGUAGAGCCAGAGAGAAAGGUAAGUGUAUCUCUGAGGGCACUUUUGUUCUUUUUUCCCCCCACUAAACUUGCCGUGGUGUCACAGUGCCUGUUCUGCCCAAUUAUUGCUUGCUGGUGGUAUGUUUUUAAUUUUCCUCCGUUCUAUUUCUUUCUUUUACCCCCUACCCCAGUGUGUGUCAUUGACUGUGCGUGUUGCUGACUGAACGGCAAUGUUAAGUUUAGCCUAUGUUGCACUUCUCAAUGGUGCUGUCGCUUAGAGGCGGCAGUGAAAAGGGGAGUGACGCUGUCCAUGUCUCUCCUCGCCGGAUAGCAAGCCUGUCGGGCAGUGUGAUGCCAGCCAGGGACAGGUAUCUCACAUCUACUGUAUGCAAGACGACUCCUUGGGUGAAAUCACAGCCAAGACUUAACCGCUGCACCAAGUGACCAAUAAGAACUCUGCUGCAGUUCACCUUUGCAUGCCGGUGUCACCCCAACUCGGAAACCGGGACACAGAAACCAUGGCAACAGAACACGAUUUUGUACCCUUCGAAUAAAGUUGUUUGAAUCAGAUUUCUCAUUUCCACAAUGUAUGAAACCUGUGGGAAGCCUGUAGGAAGCCUUAGUUAUGUUUUUAUUGAAUAUGCUUUCAAAAUAUAACAAUUGGACAAUUGCCAGAGAGAAUACUUAAUCAUGUCAACAUGAUUCUUGUUGUAAACGCAUCAAGUGUUGAAAGUCGAGAUGAUCUGUGUAUUUCCGAAAAACGCAUAAAGAGUUUUGGUUUGAUGCAAAUGUGACCAAACCCACUGGGCUAUAGCAGACUGUGGAAUACAAAAUCUAUUUCAUUUUAAGAUGUUCCCAACUUUUUCAACCACCCAACUGUCUUGUUUGAAACUUUAGGUCUGUCCCCACCACUAUCCACCUCUUUCCAAUGGGUGUAAAAGACUGCUUGUUCCUUAAAAAAAAAUCCUAUUUUACCCAUCUCGCGUUUUUAUACACAAGAUUGUACAAAGUAGUGCUCUACUGUUUUCAUAUAGUGUUUUUAUAUGAAAAUACAUUUUCAAACCAAGUCAAA